AGAAAAGCAAAAUGGUGGCUUAAAAAAGUAAACGAUAGGGACAUAAUAAAUGUUGACAAUUGUUUUAAUAUUUCCAAGCGAUUUCCAGUUUACUGAAUCUAAAUUGGCACUGAGAUAAAUUUUUAGUGCAUUUUAUUUCAAACUGUUGUUUUAUGUGUAUCGUAAGAGAACCUCGCACCAUUAUUAUAACAAUCAGGCCUAGAUCUAUGGUGUUGGUAUGAUUUUACUUUAAGCAAAAAAAACUAAAAUGGAUGAGAGAGAACAGAUAUGUUACAGCCUCAUUACAUGGCUGGAAACAUUUCACCUGGAAGUUCCUCAUAACACACCAGCUGAUCUCAGUGAUGGGGUAGCCAUAGCACAAGUUUUGAGCAUUAUAGCUCCCAAUUUCUUUACCCAGCCAUGGCUUUCCAAGAUCAAAUCAGAAGACCUAAGCAACUGGAGGUUAAAGGUGACAAAUUUGAAAAAGAUUUUAAAAGGGAUUCUAGAGUUUAAUUUAGAGUGCCUUGGUGUAACAAUGCAAGGUUUUCAAAUGCCUGAUGUUAAUGCUAUAGGUGAGCACUGCGACUCUCACGAACUGGGUCGUCUCUUACAGCUUGUGUUAAAUAUAGCCAUCAACUGUGAUAAAAAGCAAGAAUACAUUCAGACUAUCAUGAGCAUGGAAGAAGAUGUCCAGCAGAUUAUCAAAAACGCUAUUCAAGAGCUGAUGACUAAAGAAUCUUUACCAGCUGAUGACUUAGAGGCGGAGAUCCAAGAACAACUAAAGAGAGCUGUUGAUGAACUUAACAGUUCUUUAGAAGCAAAAGAAGAACUUUUACAAAGGUGCCAUGAGUUGGAUGCACAGGUUGCCAGUCUACAAGAGGAAAGAUUGAGUCUUUUAGCAGAUAAGGAGAAGCUGGAGGAAAGGUUGCUACAGGCUGAAAGUCUAGAGGACCUCAGUACUCCAGCAGGUAAAAAGUUGGUCCAGCUCCAGCAUCAAAUAGAGGGUCUACAGGAGGAGAUCUACAAGCUAGAAUCUGGUAAAGAUGACUAUAGAAUAAAAUUUGAAGUACUAAACAAAGAUUACACAGAGUUAAAAGAAAAGAAUGCCGAGUUAAACAAACUAGCAUCAGAAUCAAGAGCUAUGAAAGAUGAACUAGAUAUACUGCGUCACACGUCGGACUUACUGACUAAGUCAGAGGCACUAGUAGAGUCCUACAAAAAGAAAUUAGAGGAUUUGAGUGAUCUCAAGGGGCAAAUGAAACUGUUGGAGGAGAAAAAUACAAAGUACAUGCAGCAGCAAAUAGAAAUGGAAGAGGAACUGAAGCGUGUCACCUUGCUGAAGCAGCAACUAGAGACUUACAAGCGCCAGACCCUAGAACUCCAGAACAAAAUCACUGAAGAGACCAAACGAGCAGACAAGGCAGAGUUUGAGUUAAAAAGGAUUCAGGAUAAACUUGGCACCCUGCAGAGAGAAAAAGAGCGUGUCCAGUCAGAGCGUGACUCCCUGCGUGAGCUGAAUGAUGAGCUCAAGUGUACUCAGCUCCAGAGCUCAGGUCUAGGCUUGGCCAGUGAGCUGGAGGACCACAGCAGUAACAUGGAGAUGUUGUCCUUACCCACAGAAAUCAAAGAGCGCCUACUGAGGCUGGAACAUGAAAACAAAAUGUUGAGGAUGAAAACGUCGGCUGGAACAGAGGAGGCUCUGGUCUCCACAGAACUGCUUGAUGAAGCCAAUGCCAAGAAGAAUGAGCUGGAAACAGAAGUCAGGUUGUUGAACCAGCAGCUGAUGAAGGUCCAGGCGGAGCUUGAGGACCUGCAGGAGAACGAGAAGUCCGCUCACGCCGCCAGCAACUCAGAGUUUGUCUCCAUGAGGACCCAGCUGUCUGAGUUCAAGCACAGGAUGGAGGAGAGGGACCUGCAGCUGCACCAGAAGCAGCAGCACAUUGAUGACCUGAGCACCCGGCUGGCUGAUGCCAAUCUCAGGGUCGUUGACCUCAGUGAUCAGCUGGGGAAGAAGGAAGAGGAGAAUCGGGUCAUGGAGCAGAAGUACACCAAGUACCUGGAGAAGGCUAAAAAUGUGAUAAAAAGCCUAGACCCAAGACACGCGGCUGACUCGUCUACUGAAGUUUAUUCCUUGAAGAACCAGCUUCAUGAGAAGGACAACUACAUCAAUUUCCUUGAGAAAGAUCAGGAGAAGAUGAAGUCUGUGAGGGAACAGGAAGAGAGGCUUAUAGUGACUGCCUGGUACAACUUGGGCAUGCAGCUACAUCGGCAAGCUGCUGAAGAGCGCCUGGCCAACAGUUCCAUGGGUCAAUCCUUCCUGGCCAGACAGCGUCAGGUACACACACGCAGGUCCAAUACAAUUAGUUCUCUACAGAGUAGUGCUACCCCAAGCGAUGAAGUAGAAGGUUCACAAACAAUUAACACACCUAAUACAAAACGUAGAUUUUCCUUCCGAAAGAACAAGUCGCCAUCAGCUCCUUCACCAUUGCUGUUGAGAAAACCAUCCAUGUCAGUUUCCGUGCAGCCUACAGUCCCGCAGGUGGAGGAAGAAAUUUUCCCACAGAUUAGUCCAAAUCAUUUCAAUGGGGGUAGCAGGAGCAAACCUUAACAUUUCUAAUCAUACCAAUAGGAUUUUUAAAGAUAAGUUUAAAUUCAUUAAUACUCUUUUAACAAGGAUUGCACAAAGCGAUCAAAAUUUUUUUUUUUUAGUUUACAACGAAUUGCAUGAUUGUAUUUUUCUUAAACAAAGAACUCACUUAAGAAUGUUGAUGUUAAUGCAUGUUUACGAUCACAAUUCAGCACUUGCAGCUAAUUUUUUCUUGGAACUGUUAAGCUUAAACAGAGCACAUUUGUUUGAUAUUAUUUUAAAUCCAUGUUUUCAGUUUCAGCCAUAGGAAACUUAAGAAAUAAAUGUAAGGUGACUAAUUGAAAACAAUAACCUCAACUAUCAUUAUUACUUAGUAAAAUUGAGAUACAUUUUCAAACAUAAUUUAAAGAAUUGAAGAAUUGUAAGAAUGUUUAUUAAAUAAUUUUUAUAGUUUAGAUGUAACAUUCCCUUGAUACAAAAUGUUAAUCUUUCUAUAUCACAUUUAAUUGCUUUUUAGAAGAAUAAUUAAGUAUGGGUUCAGAAAUGUAUAGCAGGAAUAUGAAAUGAUGUUUGCAUAAGAUUUCUGCAUCAAUCGUCUUAACCUGCUGUUAAGUCUUAACACUAUGAAGUGUAAUGUGAAACACACUUUGCAUGCUUUUGAAUACACUAGCCUUGAGCUGUACAGCACUUGUUGGAUUUUUAGACUUUCUUUUUGGAUCAAAUUUUUAAAAAAAUUUCAGUUUAAAAACAAUAUUGAAAUUAGAAAUAUGAAACAUUUUUUCAGCAUGCAUUCUGUUUUGAUAAGACAUGUCUACAGUUAUAAAGAUUGCAGUUUUGUAUAGUAACGUUAUUAGAAAUGCUAUUUCUAAAAAAAAAAUGAGUUAUCUUUUUUCAAACAACUGGCAACUUUGGUAAAGCAUGAAACGCUGAAGAUGCCAGUUUGAACAGGGAAUAAGCCUACCAUAUUUAUCUAGUUUAUUCCAAUUUUUAGCAGCAUGGACUUAAUGUAGCUAGUGGAUUUGGGUUGCUCCAUUUGCAAAAAAAAAAAACAAUUAAAAGGUUGAGAUUAUAAUAUUUAUAUAGACUUAGAGAAUGUAUUUAUAUCUAGUUUCUGCAUUGAAGUCUUAUUCCCCUGGUUUCCCAUUGUUGUGACAUACAGACAAAUGUGACAUUUUUUUGUCAUAAUACCAGAUUAAAAUGUGCUAUCUUUGUGGACCCAUGCCUGGAGGUUAGUUGUUAACUCCUGUACAAUGAGCACAUAUAAAACAUCCAUCCCCCCCACUUCACAUCAUUGUGUUGGCACACCUCCCCCCUUCCCUCUAUGUUGUAUGAGCACCAUUACCUCAGGGGUGUCCUCCUCUACAGAAAGCCUUCGUGUCUACCACCUCUUUAGAUUACAAUGUACAAUGUGAUUCUGUAUAUACAAUUUUUUUUCCUUCACCAAUUACACUAACCCAGAAAGUGGAUCAUUUUUCACAAGUGGAGUUUUCAGUACUUAGCUUUUUAAAUACACUAUAUUCCUUUUAAGUUUUUACUUUCUGAAGUACUUUGUUAUCAGAAUUAUUUUUCAUGUAUCAUUUUAAUAUAUGCAUAAAACAUUUUUUUCUUCUAUAAGUAUUACUCAAAUGUAUUUAUUCUGUGUGCUGCAGUGCAAUGGAAUAAUAAAUGUAAAUAAAAAUGAACUGGUUAGAGAAACAGCAUUUAUCCCUUGCCAUAUAUGUUAUGUUUUAAACUAGUUUUUAUGAAUUUUGAGUGUAGCUAUCUAACGCUUUCUGUUUGCUUAAAUCUCAAGGAUUUAUAUUUAGAAAUGGGGACUUUUACUAUUACUUUCAUGGUGUUUUAAAAUAGAAUACAAUAGCAUUUUGAAAUUUGCUUUCGGGGAAUUUGAAAGUUGUUUAUUUUGUAGAUUUAUGAAGAUCGUUAAUUAAUGGUGAAUUUUAAAAUUCAGAAGAGUUAAAUUUGCUUCUAGGUCCUGAAAUUUUAGGGUUUUAAAUUGAAUUCCAUGGAGCUUGUCACUUAUGUCUGUUUCUUUGUUUGUGAGGCCUGAUUGAGUUCUAUAUACUUGUUGUAGAGCAAAACAAUUUAAUUUUUUAAAGCUUAAUUUUAUUGAAAUUGACUGUUUAUAAAAAUGUAAUGCAAUAUAUAAAUCAUAAUAUUUCUUUAAAUUAAUAUAAUUUUAAAAGUUGCAAUGGAUUGUGAUAAUUGUCUUCAAUAACAAAUGUGUAUUCUUGCAUGCUUAAGCCUAAAAAUAUUUCAUAAUUCUACACUAUAUAAGUACUAUAAUGGGAGUGGCAGUGUAUCCAGCUCAUAUGUAAGGGAGAUUAUUAAUGCAUUUAUAUAAUCUGUGUGAUUGUUCCUACUAAAGGUAAACAAUUCUGUUGAAAAACACUCCAAUUAAGAAAGUUGUGUAUUUAUUUUUAUCCAGAGAGCUUUUUGAAUUAUAAAUUACACAUUUCAUAAUUCUACACUAUAUAAGUACUAUAAUGGGAGUGGCAGUGUAUCCAGCUCAUAUGUAAGGGAGAUUAUUAAUGCAUUUAUAUAAUCUGUGUGAUUGUUCCUACUAAAGGUAAACAAUUCUGUUGAAAAACACUCCAAUUAAGAAAGUUGUGUAUUUAUUUUUAUCCAGAGAGCUUUUUGAAUUAUAAAUUACACAUUGAUUUGUUAUGUGUAAAGUGUGUUGGCUGACAUGUUUUCAAUAUAAUUGUUAAUGAUCUUGAAUGUGGUUUUUUUUUUUAAAUUUUUUAUGCACGAUUAUAACAUUGAUUUUUUUUUACAUGUAAACUUUUUUUUUUCAUAAAUUUAAAAAAAGUGUGAACAUGUAUACAUGCUUGGUAAAAACCUUGUCUGUAGUGUUUGCAUGUAGCUAGGGUUAAAUCUGCAUUAUGGAAGGAUCCAGAACUUAUUUCUUAACUGUAGCUGAUGAAAAUUGACACAAUGUGAAUAAACUAAACCAUUAUAGCGGUGAUUGUCUAAACAAUGAUAAGGAUGCUAGUUUGCUCUCCUCCACAAAAGUCUGGCUUUUAUACCUUAUAGUUCUGGUCAUUGUUACCAUAGCAACCAACAAGCCCUGCCAACUAUAAAAUUAUCUUGAAAUUUUUAUAUUUUUAAAGUGUCAAAAUGUCACAUUUCAUCAAGUCUGAAGACUUGUGCUGCCUGUAUUUAUAUUUGUACCAGUUGUCUCACAUGAUUUCAACAAGCUCUUCUGUAUUGAAAGAUUUUUAAAAAAAUGUGUUCACAGCUAGGCAGAAUAUCCUAGUCCUAUGCUGUGUUGAAAGCUGACAUGGGAAAAAUAUUUAGGCAAUGUUUUUUGAAUGUAUAUUUUAAGUUUCACAAAUGCUAUUCUGAUGUAUGAGUUUGAAUGUAACAGCUGAGGAUGAUUGGAAUAAAAUAAUAG